UCAUGGAUCGAUACAGCACAUGAAAAUAGAGCUGUUUCGUGGGUUCAAGAAACUCGAUAUUCCGAAGCUAAUUUAAAUCUGUUUCGUGAGAGGACGUAUAUAUACCGAGAGAUAAUUUUAUUGGCACAGCAUCAUGGGAACAACUAUUUCGUGAAUGUUUAUGACUCUCAAUUGUUUAAUUUCAUUAAAUCAACGCACGAAAUAUUACUUACAAGCGAGUUCUUUUAG